UGCGUUGACAUCCCCUGUGUGUGAGCUGUUUUCACUGUAGAUUCACAACACCGAAAUGGCGCGCUCCAACUUCGCUCGCACCGUGAUGCGAUCUUCGCCGAGCUCAUCUCAACUAGUUCCCUCACGUGUGACUAGAAUAAAGCAGCUAGUAGCUGUGGUAUCAACGCUCUGCUUUCUGAACUCACUACCGGGCGAGCUAGUGUUCGACGAUCAUGAGGUGAUCGCGACAAAUCUGGAUGUGAGGCCUCACUCUUCACUCACGUCUAUUUUUCGCAAUGACUUCUGGGGCGAGCCGCUUGACAGCAACCAUUCCCACAAGUCCUAUCGGCCCGCCACCAUCCUCACCUUCCGGUUGAACUACCUCAUUCACGGGCUUCAGCCACUUGGCUAUCACGUGGUCAACGUCGGGAUGCACGUGGCCGUCUCCGUGCUGUUCGUCUCCGCAUGUGACGUCAUCUUUCAGGGGCUGACGUCAUCUGAUUCUGCGACGCUAUUGGCUGGACUGAUAUUCGCCAUUCAUCCUAUACAUACGGAAGCGGUGGCGAAUGUCACUGGACGGGCUGAUGUGCAAUGCGCGUUAUUUUAUCUCCUCUCGUUUUUAUCUUUCACUAAAUGUGUUCAGCCUUCAAGAACUUCUAAUAGCCCAUCUAAGAAAUCACCAGGGAACAUACGAGCUCCCCACCCCUCCCUACACGGGAGUUCGAGGACGAACCCUUCCCUACAUGACGGGUGUCGUCCUGCCUCUUACUCGAAGCCAUGGAUGGCCGCCUGCUUGUUGUUUACAGUUGUCGCUUUACUUAGUAAGGAGCAAGGAGUCACUGUGUUAGCCAUUUGUGUUAUCUAUGACGUCAUAUAUGUAUGUAAUGUUACCAUGGGAACUGUCAAAGAGCUGAUGUUUUGUACAGAGCGACAUAAGUCUUCACAUACAAAUAAACGGUGGUUACCGAAGUGGUUCAGAUCUCUGGUGGAGCGCGUAAUCAUUAUUUCUGCCUUCUGCAUUAUUUUAUUAUACAUCCGUAUCGUAAUAAUAGGGGGUGGUCUACCUACCUCGUUUGUAGAGUCCGAUAACCCGACCUACUUCCAUCCGGACAAGUGGACGCGUGUCCGGACAUACUCGUUUAUUCUAGCAAAGAACGCCUGGUUUUUAAUGGUGCCUAGUUCUCUGUGCUACGACUGGUCAAUGGAUAGUAUUCCACGUGUGGAAUCCAUGUGGGAUGAGCGUAACUUGAUAAGCUUUGGGUUUUUGUCGUCAUUGAUGGCUUUUACGCUUCUAGCUCUAAGGUUAUACCAUUAUACCGACGAGGCCAAGACGUCUGAUGCCGAUUCCAAUGUGGCAAAUGGAGAGACACAAGCAAAACAUGACUUUAAUAAAAACACUACCAAAACAGCAGAACAAACUCAAUCAGUAGAAGAGAAGACGGUAAAGAGACUAUCCGCCAUCGCCUACAGUCGUAACGGCCGCAUCGUGCUAUUCGGCCUCGUCAUGGUCGUCGUGCCGUUCCUACCCGCGUCGAACCUGUUCGUGCCCGUUGGUUUCGUGAUCGCAGAGAGAGUGCUAUACAUCCCUAGCAUGGGGUACUGUGUCCUGCUGUCCCUCGGGAUACGGGUAACCUGUGGGAUCAUGGAAUCUGCUUCUAAAGAUGAGGAGGAAACAAAUGGUGCUGUGAGUUCUAAUAAGCAAGAGCUAAAAAUCAAGAAGAGCUCAUCACAUGAAGGCUCCACACUAUCUUUUCGACUUAACUGGCUCGGCCAAGUACUUGUUUACACCCUUCUACUGACUUUCGCGGCAAAGACCGUCCAUCGUAAUAGCGAGUGGUACGAUACAGGAACACUGGCUGCCUCUGGACUUAGGGUUAACCCAGAAAACGCCAAGAUACACUUGACGAUGGGCAACUACUUCGCAAAGAAGGGUCUUCUUCUCUGUGAGAAGUUCUACCGUCAAUCAAUAAAACUUCGGCCGCAUUACGUCACAGCUUGGGUCAACCUCGGUUUGGUGCUUGUCAACACAGAUCGCGAGAAAGAGGCUGAGUCAGCCUAUAACAUCGCUUUGUCCCUGAAACCGAACAGCGCCGACGCGAACACAAACAUGGCGCAUUUGCUCCGCGUGACGAACCGCCACAUGGAGGCGAUAGAACAGUACAAGAAAGCCAUCUCCCUCCGACCCAGCGACCCCAUGCUGCACUUUCAAUACGGCAAUGUGCUGGAGAAACUGGGACUGAAUAAGGAGGCUAUGGAGAGCUACAUAAGGACCACGGCUAUAGUACCAACGGAUGGUAGACCUUACCUUGCUAUAGGGCGCAUGCUCGGACAUCCGCUGAUCAAGAAUGCUCAUCCAUCAGAAAAGUCCAUGAGAAGGGCGAUACACUACCUACGAACCGGCCUUGGUCUGUCCCCGGAUGAACAUUCGUCAAGGAUGCUUCUAGCUAUGUUGCUAUUGAAAUCGAAUGAAAUAGACGACGCGAGGGUUGAACUGCUGCAGAUUCUGACUCAGGAUGAUAAGAACAUGGAAGCGGAGUAUCUCCUCGGGCUGAUCCUAGAGAGACAGGGAAAGCGACUAGAGGCCAUGAAGCUGUACAUGGACGUGAUACGGAAAGACACAAGCCACGUGAGGGCACUGGAGGGCAUACAGAGGCUCACAGAGGACCAUCGAUCCAAGUCAUCAGAAGACCAUAUGGGCUUGAAGGUAGAGCAGGGAUCAAGACAAAAGUAACGUCGAUCUGACACAAGAAAACGGGUAGAAAUAAAAGAUACAUGAUUCCAAA